GCAAGGAACUCCGGGUCCUCUGUAGAGUACAUUUGUUUACAUUUAUAUAAAAGACGAUUGUGCCUCAAUUCCUAUGUCAUUCCCGACGAAGACGCUCGAGUACCUUCAUUGUGGACAAAAGAUGCCCCUUGAUAGCGACUCAAACUGCAGCGCUACAACUGCUAUGUUAAGAAUGAGCAAAGAUGUGACGAUUAUCAAACACAAGGUUAAACGACGGGACAUCUUAGAAUUCAUCCUCAUCGCCAUCAUCCUGAUGCUCUUGACAGCAUUGGUGGUAACCUUGGUGGUUCUUGGCCAGACCUCGCGAACCAUCGAAGACCAUGAUACCAUGCCGUGCCAGCUUGAACAACGCAGCUUCGCAAAGGACGAAUACAUCCGGAGCCCAAUCCACGCCUUCACAGAACUGAAAGUGGAGGAAGUGAAAGCGGUCAUAGACUACCUCAUGAAACAGAAAUCUCUGGGUCUUUCCACUUUGGAAACGGCCGAAAUCAACUCCAACUUCAUCCACAGCGUUGAGUUGAAGCUAGCCCCAAAGCAGGAAGUGCUGGAGAAUCUCGACAAUGGAGGACCUCUUCCUGUCCGUCAGGCUAAAGUCUACAUCUUCAUGGGCAAUGCGACUCCACCUAUGGUGCAAGAAUACAUUGUAGGCAAUCUGCCGGACAUUUCCUUCCACCAGUUGGCUGAAAACCGUGCAAGAAAGACUCAGGUUCCCUACACCAUGAGACCAUUCUCUCUUUAUGAGUUUAAAGGGAUAUAUAGGUACAUUCUUCCUCCAGUGGCUCGCAGAGCCAAUAAACUGUUAAAUGAUAGCUAUGGUGCCACGCUAUUGGACUGCACGGAUAAAUGUCUACGAUUUUCCAUGACACCAGUUUCAAGUGCGUUCAUUGGGGAAGGCGAGAGGAAGGCAUGGUUCUGGCUGGCGUACGACAAAGAGUUCUUCACUCUGCUGCCACUGGACUUCCAAUUCCUGGUCGACAUGACGGACGUUCAUCCAAACAAUUGGACAAUUCAACAAGUUUGGUACGCUAAUACGUUAUUUCCUUCCCUCGAAGAUUUGUUACAUAAAUAUGAACAUAAUCAAAUAAACAUUACUAAGGUGCCGUACCCAAGUAGUGAUGAAAAAGACUUAUACAGUUCCCUUUAUCUACGGGGACCAACCUUUCCGCGCGAAGACCUACACAUGCCUCGUCACUUCCAACCGAAUGGUCCCAGGUAUAAGGUCAAGGGCAAUCAGCUGGACUAUAUGAUGUGGCGGAUGAAUUUCAGAAUGUCACCGACCGUUGGAAUACAGUUAUUUGACAUACGAUACCAAGGAGAGAGAAUCCUAUACGAACUCAGUAUGCAGGAAAUUGCUGUGUUGUAUUCUGGGCAUAGUCCGGCUUCCAGCAUGCUUUAUUUUGCGGACAGUGCUGGUUUGUACGGAACAAGAUCUCGUGGUUUACUUCCUGGAAUUGAUUGUCCCGAUUACGCUACGUUUCAAGACAUUGAGUUGUUCACUUCCAAUGAAGGUGGUAUGCGGAAAUUCGAAAACGCUUUGUGCAUUUUUGAACAGAACACACAGCUACCUCUGAGACGUCACCGCGCCUACAGCCGAUCAGGCGCCUUCUACAACGGCCUUUUAGACACGGUACUCGUCAUUCGUAUCGUCAUCUCCGUCAUUAACUACGACUACGUCUACGACUUCACCUUCCACAACAACGGCGCAGUACACGUAAGAGUCGUCUCCACUGGCUACCUCACCACGAGUUUCUUCUCUCCGGAAGAAGCGCGUUAUGGAACCCGCGUCAACGACAAUGUCGUCGCCGGCAUGCAUCAUCAUCUUUUUAACUUCAAAGCGGACGUGGACGUGAAAGGUGUGAGGAACAGACAUCAGACUUUCAACAUCGAGAUGGAAAACAAGACCAAUGACUGGUCAGACGGCGGCAACAGCAAACACACACAAUUAUUUUUCAGCAAACACAUAAAACAGACAGAAAAAGACGCUACAUUUAUAUAUGACUUUGAAAAGCCCCAGUAUCUUCUGUUUUCCAACGCCGACAAAACUGAUAAGUAUGGAAACCUGAACAGUUACCGGCUGCUGCUGCAUGGGAUGACGAAACAAAACCUUCCGUCGUGGGAUGGGUUCGAGAGUUCGGUCACAUGGUCGCGCUACCAGAUGGCGGUUACGAAGCACCACGAUGAAGAAGAAACGAGUAGUUCCAUGUUUGCCAUGUGGGAUGCAAGAGACCCUGUUGUCAACUUCCAGAACUACAUCGACGACGAUGAGAACAUCGUGGAUGAGGAUCUUGUUGCCUGGGUAACCCUCGGAACCUACCAUAUACCCCAGACAGAGAAUGUCCCAAAUACUGCAACUACCGGAGGCCAUCUGUCUUUCCUGCUUGCACCGUUCAACUAUUUUAAAGAGGACCCCUCAAUGGGAUCACGUGACGCCGUUCGGGUUACGCCAUUGGACAAAAAAAAUCCAUAUUCAGGUGCAGUGGUAGAACGGUACGGAUUGAAAGGAACUUCAAAAUGUUCACCACCGGAACUUCUACCUGAUGAACUUUUGCAGAAAAAUAGUUCUUCCCUGUUUGCCUGAAUCGCUUAAUCAGAAAACAUUUCCACAUUUCAAUGCAAACCUAAGAAACGUCACAUCCUAAUACGUAGGUACAAGGACGACAUUGUCUUUGUAAACGUGACCACUCCAAGCACUUCGAAUCGCAUUCAUGUCUUCUCCUUUGACUAAUUGUAAUUACCCGAUUCUCUAUCCGCCCAUGCCGUUCAUUCGGUUGCAUUCGAUUGGCUUCAGAAGUUGAGUGUUACGGUGUAUCCCUAGAAGGUAAAAUCUACAACCGCAAACUAAACGCUUCAAGCCACCAUCAUCUUGUUUCAUUUUGGUUCGGCGGAGUAGCCUUGUGGUUUAAGCGUUCACUCGUCACGCCGAAGG